AUGGUAGCCAUGAACAACUCUAGUGCCACUAUCAGCGAAGAUAUCGAAACGCUGCGGCGAAAUGCUUUCCAGCAGCUCAAACCUUCUUGCAUUGCUGUCAGCCACAACAUUCUGACCUCGCGCCCAAACGCUCAAGCAUUAACCUUAGCUUUAGCAAACCUCUACUCAAACCUCCACUCUGUUUCAAACCUGGAUCCGAAUGUUAUCAAUAAUUCCCUUGGGGACUAUGUUUUCUUCCCGCUAUCUCAUGUCUUCCGUCAGCAUCAGACGCUCAACGACCGAGCCCUAGAGCUUGGACUACAGUGUCUAGAGUUACUAGUCCUCAUUACAUUUAUUAUUGGCGGUGCUGUGCCCGGGGUAGGGAUAGAGGGGAAGAAACGGAGCGAAGAGACAAACUUGGCUGGUAUUAAAUGUUUACUUGUAUUGUUUGAAAGCUUGGGGAGAACCAGAAAAGGCGCUUUAGCAGAUGUGCAAUAUCUACCUUCUGUUGGACACACGGUAACAACGGUCUUGGGGGUAUUAUUUGAAAGCACAUCUUCGAUCGAUCUACAGAUUACAGCGUUAGAUGCUAUCGCAGCAUUGUUAUUUCGCUCUGUGGAUGAAGACGACAUUAUUGCUAGUUUUUAUCCUGGCCUAGUUUCUGGUCUGGUCAAGGUCAUAGGACUAGGGAAGACAACUAAGAGGCCUUAUCAAGUUCUCAGGGACAGCCCUGGAAAACGUGUUGCGUUUGCGUACACACCCGAAGUGCGAGUCGAGUCAAUGAUUGUAUUUUCUGGCGACGAAGACGAUCAAGAUUUUGCUAGACUCGCAGAGAGCACACUCCAUAUCUCAGCAGCAUUAAAUCAGAACAUCAAAGAAGCUAUUCAAGCCAGUUUACAUGGUUGGAUUGUCGCACUCCCGAGGGUCAUGGGCGGUAGCGACGAAGACGCAAAAACAAGACUGAUCACACGACUUUCGGCAUCCUUCAAGCUUUUAGCAGAUAUAGGGUUAGAGACCGAUUUGUUACAGGACAUGCUAGCAGAUAAUAUUCGGGAUAGCCUUAUUAGCACCAAUUCUUCCAGUACUAGAACGGAAAUCACAUUGCAACCCGUCGAUGACAAACGGGUAUCGUUGGAACUACUACUCGUGAAUAAGGAUCAUAUCGGCGGUGGAAAGGUUGCUCGCUUUCCAGACGUUGUGCUUGGGCAUCGUAGUCAAAUAGGCACAGUGACCAGUAUGAAGAGACUACUGGCUUUGCUGGGUGGCUCCUCUGAGACUGCUCUGACCCUCGCGCAGAGGCACAUACGGGAAAGUUCCCGAGGCGGAACCCCUGCCGGAACGAGAGCUACAUCGCUAUGGAUCGCAGUACAACUACUUAGAGGAUCACUAGAGACUUCAGCAGAAGUUGAUGAAUUUUUCGACCUAGAGAUCACGUCAUCCUCAGGCCUUCAGCAACGAGUAACUGAUGAAUUGUUCUCGGUUUCCCUUUCAGUCCUAGGUGAUGCGACAGAAGCUGCAACAGAAGAUAAACCUGGUUCCUUGGAUUCAAUGUUGCAAUGUCUAGCCCUGGAAUCCUUAUCUCUCAUCGCUCAAGCCCAGAAGGAAUCGUUUCGUGGAGAUCUGGUUGACGCUCUCUAUCCUGUUGUCCAUCUUCUUGGUGCAUCCUCUCGCGAGGUUCAAACCCACGCAAUAGUAGCCCUCAACAAUAUCGCGCACUUUUGUGCAUACCCAUCCGCUAAAGAUAUGCUUCUCGACAAUGUCGAUUAUAUGGUUAAUGCGGUUGCGCUAAAGCUGAACACGUUCGACUUGUCACCACAAACUCCGGUCGUACUCGGGAUGAUGGUAAAGCUCGCGGGAGCCAAUUUAGUGCCAUAUCUAGAUGAUAUGGUGGUUAGCAUAUUUUCUGCUCUAGAUUCAUUUCAUGGGUAUGAAGGACUUUGUGAAGCGUUAUUUGGGGUGCUCGGGGAGAUUGUCGAAGAGAGCGCUAAAGCAGGAGAGUUUGCAGCAAUCAAUUAUGUAGGUGAAGUAGACAGGAGAGUGGGGAGUAAGGUAAAAGGGAGGCAUUGGUUGACUAGAGAAGAGAUGCUGGCAACCUUGAGGCACGAUGCAGAUAAAGAAAGGCCUAGGGUGGAGCCUCUAGAAGAAGCUGAAGCAGAUGGGAGCGCACAGGAGCCGUUCCCGAGAGAGCCGUGGGGAAAUGGAAAGGAUAAUCAAAGAUUGAAGGAGCUCUCUGGUGACGAUGAAAACGAAAGUAACCGGCCGGAUGAUCAGGUCAUCAAGCCGACAAAAUCGUACGAACUAGUCCAACGGAUCACACGUCUCAGCCAACAUUACCUUACCCACGAUUCUCCAGUCUUGCGAACGAAACUUCUCCGCCUUGUCACCACCGCAUCGCCCCUCCUUGCUGGCAAUGAAGACGAGUUUCUGCCACUAGUCAAUGCCAUUUGGCCUGUUGUAAUAAAUCGUCUCUUUGAGGACGAAUCACAUAUUGUAGUCGCCGCAGCGGACGCCGUCUCCCAACUUACCGAAUGCUGCGGUGGAUUUAUGGCGUCCCGGAUAAACGAAUCAUGGCCUAGUAUCAAGAGGGGCUACAUAAAGGCCUACAAAGAAUUGGAGAAAGAGAGAAGAAUCAAGAGUGGAAGCCUAGGGGUUUACAGCCCGCAUUUCAAGAAGUGGGAUGCUUAUUGUAGGCUCUUGACUAGUGUUGCGGCGAAUGUUCCUAUAAGCGAUGAGGUUGUGGACGAAAUGUGUGAAACAGUUGGUGCGAAGAAUUUGAUCGAGAGGGAUGAUGUGAGAAGGGCACUGGAGGGGGUUAACGCCGAUGCGGUUUGGCUAGAGAUAGAAAGUUGGAAGUUUGCCAAUGGCGAUAAUUCGCUGGGUUACAGAGACUUACCUAUCUCAGAAGGGGUAGUAUUUGUUCCUGUUGUCUUUGAUAGUAGAUGCUAG